AAAAUGUGUACUUAACUCAAUAAUAUUUUUAUCAAAAGCUAUAAAGUUGUAAGAUUUAUCAUAAGCGACUGAAAUUAUAAGAGCAAUAACACCGAGAUCAUUGUCAGUUUCUAAUAAAAUUGAAGUCGCAACCUCCAUAAGUAGUCUGAUUAUUCUGGCAUUAACGUCUCGGACAUCGUGGAAUAAAGUAAACUUAAAAGUUUAGAAAUAAAAUAAAAGUUACAAUGAGAAUAAUUCUUUUGCUAUUUCUAUUUACGCAAAAAUGUUUUGCAUUCGAUCUACCUCGUAGUGCAUGCAAAACAGACUUGACCAUUGAUAAAGACCACUACAAUGUAACUAAGACCUACGACACUGGCGAUGCAGAGCCAACGGACGCACAUUACGAUGGCAAAGGAAAUUUAUUUUUUGUCGUAUUCGGACGCAAUUUUAACGGCUACUAUUAUGACGUCAAGUUAAUUAAACCCAAUUCGACUGCAGCUCAAAAUGUACCUGGUUUACCUGAACGUGAGAGCUACUCAGUUGCAGUGGACAAAAAAGAGUCAAGAGUGUAUUUCGGUACGAGUAAGGGUAUCUACGCUUACAACUACGAGACUCAAGUCGCAACUUUAAUUACCAAACCAGAUAUAAACUUGAACUCAUUGCUUGUAGACAAAGAUGGUAAUAAGUAUAUCACUGGCAGGCGAGAAGGGUUCGAACAAUUGUAUCUGUUGGCAGGUAACGAAAAAAUUCAUUUUAAAGGCUUCGACGCCCUUGAUGAAGUAGCUGUUGAUGACAAAAACAACUUUUAUUAUAUCAGAGAAGAAAAGUUCUUCGUUUUGAGGAAUAAUUUAUCUCAUGCUGUUUUUAUCGGUAACGUUUCGUAUGAAGGAUUAGGUCAGAUAACGUUCCAUGAGGAAAACGUUUUUGUUGCAAGCAAAAGUUUAUCUUACAUUCACGAAAACGACACAGGGCCAAUGAAGCGAGUUAAAGGUACACCGGGCAAUGUUACAGCCAUAGCUUUCGAUCGCUCUGGUAACUUUGUAUUAGGCACUAAGGGAAAAAUAUUGAAAUACGAGACAAAUGACAAUGAAUGCUUUCAAAAACAAAAUUAAUGUUUUAAAUUUUAGUAUGGCUAGAAUGCAUCAAUGAAAUUAUUAUUUCUACUCAUUAUCUUGUCCUAUAAAAAAGAUGAGAAAAUGUUAGACAUAAUAAUUAUAUCCCAUUGGGCGCAUUUAGACGUACCUACUGGAAUUUGAGUAUGAUUUAUUCUCAUACAAAAUAGUAAGCACCUUUGAAGUUUAAGUUUUCUUUUGCUUAGUUGUGUUGGAAAUGAAAAUACAUUCUCUAAGGAUAUGCUCCUUUUAUUAAUAAAAAUAAAUAACCUAUCUCGUAACAACUCAAGUAAUUGUAAAAACAAACUAACGAUACAUUUAAAAGUCAAAACAAAUUUUGAA